AUGCGUGUUCAAGGUUCUACUAUAACUCCAGAAAACAGCUAUGAUUUGGAAAUGGAGUAUACGGAUAUGAAUGACUCUGCCGUUCUUGUCAGUCCUCAUACAAGUACUCCUCCAAGUACUAUAGAUUUAACGCAAGAUGAAAACGAAAUGGGAUUCACUCGGAAUAUCGACCAAAUGGAAGUUGACUCCACUGAUAAUGAUUCCAAUGAUGAUGAUUCCAAUGAUGAAGUUUCCAAUGAUGAAGUUUCCUCCAAUGAUGAAGACUCCAAUGAUGAAGACUUCAAUGAUGAAGCUUCUUCCAAUGAAUUAGAAUGUCGAGAUGAAGCUUCGUUCAAUGAUUCUCAAGAUCGAGAUGAAGCUUCGUCCAAUGAAUCUGAAUGUCGAGAGCCAUAUAAAUAUGGUAAAGACUUGGCUGAAUAUGUUCCCGGGUUAUAUCGUUUGUUAGAUUUAUGUAAAGAUGAUGGGACGAAUGGAUUUGUAGAUAAAAUAACUAUCUCGAGGGAUUAUUUAGAGAAACUAUGCAACAAUUAUGUUCAAUCAAGUUUCAAGUCUAUUUCUGAAAUUGAUUUUGUGAAAUUAAAUGCAAUCUCGAUUCACCUUAUUGGAUGUUAUGGAAAUCACGCUUUAAUUGCCGGGCUCUUGAAGAAAAAAGAAAUUAUUGAUCAACAAAUUUAUGAAGCGCUUGUUGCAUCGAAUUCUUCUUCAGACAAUACAAAUAAAUCUACUUUACGUCCCGGUAUUUACUUGCUGGUUGUAAGUCACGAGUUGGGUUUGGUAAUCCAUUGGCCGGAAGUAGGAUGUUACGAGGAAAAUGCUUCCUCGCAAUGUAAAAAGAAUAUGACCAACCUUCAUAGAUAUCUGACAAAGCUUACUGACCAUCAGCUUUGUCUUAUGGACAGUAAAGAUUUGGAAAGUUUUGAUUGGAACUUGGACUGUUCCGACAAUUCUGAAAGGGACUCUGAUGACGAGAAUGGGUCACAUUAUAAAUUUGAGGUGAAAUUGAUUCAAGAAGAACAAGAAGACUUUAAACUCCAACCCGGCUUCAAGGUGGAUUUGCCUGAUAAAGUAAAGACCGAAAUAAAUAAUCUCGCUUAUGAUGAUAUAUCUUUGCAUCCUAUUGUCGUCGAAUCUUCUUCGGGUCGGUCGUUUGCUACUCGUCAACUAGCCUUUCGAUUAUGUACAUCCACCCCAACCAUUCCUCAAAAUGAAUUUGCUCGUGAAAUUCAAAAGAAAUUAAGGAAUCGAAUGUUACUUUUCGAUCGCGAAAAAAUGAACAUGAAAUCAUUAGAGAUUUUUAUCAAGCAUGGAUUAAGUAUGGAAGAUGAACUUCUAAGUAAUUUACGUAAUGCAAUUGCAGUUGCAAAGUUGCGAUUUGAAAAAAAGAAAGAUCAAGAAAGGAAUGCUAUAAAAAAGGAUUCUGAAUUGAUUUCGAAUAUGGCAUGGGAAAAAUUACGCGCUAGUUAUAGCCAAUUUGAACAGAUGCUUGAAUCCCCUUCACAAGAAAAUAUAAAUGACUAUGAUUUAGAAAGAAUUCGUUCUAAUUACCUUAAAAUCGAUGAACAAAUUGAUGGAAAGAUCGGAAUCAAUUCCAAAGCUUGGAUUAGACUGAAAAGAAGAUACUAUUUGAACAUGAUAAUUAUUGUUGAAGUAUUAACAAUGAUUAAAAAUAAUGGAAAUUCUAAUGAAAUUCUUACAGAAUCAGCAAUUGAUCUUUAUUAUACAAUAUUCAUGGAUGAUGAAAAUGAUGCGCAUAAGUUAAUAAGUAAAUACGGCGAGAGGUUAAGUUCGCUAGCUAAUAAUUUACCAACCUUUUUUGCUAAUAUCUCAUUCACUCCUGAAAAUAUUAUUCGCAUUGUUGCCGAUUCGAUCAAAAGAGCCAAUGAAACGUCAGAUAUCAAUUUCAUACAAGAAUUUAUGAAUUUAUCAUUCUUUGAUGGAUUUAAUGGGAUCAAAAAUAAAGUCGUGGGUGCCUUCUUUGAAGAAUAUCAAAAAUGGAGGAAAUCUGUUUUUCCGAGUAACAUUAAAGAUAUUCUGCCAAAAUCUUCUAUCAAUAAACAAGUGUUGGAAAAGUUAAAUUACGAAUUUGAAAAGGAAGUACUAGAAAUUCAAGCUCGUGAAUUUCAACGAAUUUGCGAUUUAUUAGAAGAAAAAUAUAAAAAUGGAUCUAUGCGAUUGAAAAUAAUUAAUAUAACAGAAUCUGAGAAUGGAUUUCGAUUCCAUCAUGAAAUUGAAGAAAUUCUGACGGAGCAACUACAUAUUACAAUUUAUGAAACUACUUUAGAGCAUUCAGAUACGCUUCGACUUCAGGAAGAUGAGUUCUAUGUUCCAAAUAUAGCUUUGAAGCGUGGAGAAGUUGCUUCAUUUCACCUCGAUCCCCGAGUUUAUGACAUUAGGAAAAUAUCUCAAUUUGAAAAUCGUAAAUUCCUUCUUGUGCUUUACAAUAAAAAAUCGCAAAAAAUUGAAAUUUUCCUUGACACUGCCGAGCGGUUGGCACAAAACUUUAAAUCAACGCAUUCAUUUAAACCAAUUAAAACGUUGAGUGUGGAUGAUAAAUUUCUUAUUGCAAUUAACGAUUCAAAGAAAUUAAUUGCAAUAUAUCAUAUAAAAAAAGCUGAGUUGGAUGUUUUUAAUUUUAUUGAGGGUCAAGCUUUAUAUCCACGAAAUCCGAAAAUCCAGUUAAAGCAUUGGUAUAAUAAUGAUGCUCCGACCAUUCAACAUUUCUUAUUCAUCAAUAGUACCGAAGAACUUUGUUUUGUUGAAAAAAGCGGACGUACACGUAUAUUCAAUCUUAUUAAUCAACAAUUUCGACCAACAACUUGUGAUCUUCCAUCUGAUGCCACCAAAGUUUUAAGUUCUCCCGAUGGCUCAUGUAUUGUAGCAUUCGUAAGAGAAAAAUCAGGACCUAAAACAGCAAACGUUGAUGAUCAUACUGAAAAUGAAUAUACCGAUAGUGAAGAUGAUGGCACGGAUGUUUUUACCAAUAAAACUAAAGAAAUAUGUCGUGCUUAUGUUUAUUUUUGUACAACUUUUGGAUAUUCAAACUUUAAAGUUAUUAACUUACCGCCCACUAUUCAAUCCUUGGAGUUCCUGCAAUUUAGUUGUAUAAAUAGACUACAAACCCAUUUGAUGUCACUUGAUUUAAAAAAUGGGCGUUUCGGCUCAUCAAUAGUUAAAAUUACGCUCGAAAAAACUCAAUAUCGUUUUCAAAAGCAAAAACAGACACUCGGAUCUGCGAGGUUAAUUGAUUCUAAUCACAAGUAUGCUCAUAUUGAAGGAAAGAAUACCCAUUUUCAAUCCGAUCAAAAUGUUCAAAGAGGAGAAUAUAUUGUUUUAAUGGGUGAAAGAUUCAAGGUGAUUGAUGUUAUUUCGGAUACAAAGUUACGAGUUACCGGCAAUUUUAAACCUACAAGCAAAUUUAAUAGUUGGACUGAAUUCCGUAUUGAACCGAAAACAAAACUUAAUGGUCUUAUCGAUGCCUAUAGAUUGAUGUUUGAGAAAUAUCCAGUUGAAAGUUAUGUUGAUCCCGAUCAAAAUCGUUCUCUCAAUUUGCAAAUCGUUCUCGAUAUUGAGGAUGAAGAUGUCGACAAAUACUGCGAGAAAUUUGAGGAUUACAUUAACGAAACUUUUGAAGGUUUAAAACGUUCUACAAAAAAGCCUACCUCAAUAUUAAAGAAAUUUUCCACAUCUGUAAUAACUUUCCAAGAGCUUCAUAUUGAGCAUUUGAAGAGAUAUUCAAAUUACAAAUUAGGAGAAUGGAUCAUUCAACUUUGUUGUUUAAUUCCAAUACAAAUUGCAAUAGCAAGAAAUAAUUUAUUUCAACCUCUUAGAGAUGGACUAUCUUCAAAUGAUAUAGUACAUGAUGAUGGUUCUAGUCAUCAUGUGGAUAGCAUAGCAAAGAAUAUUUCUUUUGGAUGGUAUGAAGGAAUAUUUAAGUAUUUUGGUGAUAAAAAAGUAAAAGUUGUCUCUAGUAUGGGUGAACAAUCUUGCGGAAAAUCAUUCAUGUUAAAUCAUCUUGUCGGAACUACCUUCGACGGCUCUGCAAUGCGAUGCGUUGAUGGAGUCUGGAUGUCAUUAGUUAACACCAAGGAAUAUAUUUAUGUUACACUCAAUUUUGAAGGGCUAAAUUUUCUCGAAAAAAGUUCUCAAGAAGAUAUGUUUUUAACACUUUUCAAUACGGUGAUAUCAAAUAUUAUACUCUUUAAGAAUCAAUUUGCAGUAAAUAAGGAUAUGUCUUCAAUGUUUCAAAGAUUUCAAGAUGGCGCAAUGUUAUUUGAUCCGGAUCCAAAAGUAUUUCAGGCAAGGCUUUGUAUCAUCAUAAAAGACGUGCCCAAGGCCGACAAAGAAGAUAUUGUUAGAGAAUUUCAGUCAAAGAUUUCUCAAUUGGUUUCUGAGGGGGGUAAAGAUAACUUUAUUUCAAGGAUGUACAAAGGAGGACUGGAUAUCAUUCCUUGGCCAAUGUUUAAUGAUGCUGGAUGGUUUAAAACCUUAUCUAACGUUAAUAAAGAUUUAGAGAAGCAGAAAGCAAAAUAUGAUAAUGCGCGAACCUUCUUGCAAAAUACAAAGUUGAUCAUGGCUAAAUUGAAGAUAUGUGAUUGGGGCUCGUUAGAUGAAAGCCUCAUACAAAUUCGCGUUGCAACAUUAAAAGGAUUACUAUCAAUAUCUGUUUCUUAUGGUUUAGAACAAAAAUCUCCUGAUGUUGAGCCUCUCAAAAACCACGAUACCGGAGAGCCAAUUGAAGACCCAAUGCAUAAAUUAUCCAAGAUCUUAUAUGACUUCGAAGGAUCUGAUGAUGACAUAUUACCAGAUACUGAUAUUCAAUUAUAUGAAGACAGCUCAUCUUUUGUCGAACUCUCUGAAGAUUUAAGAGAUUAUUUCGAAUCGAACGUUCAAUCACGACAAGAUUCUUCCGAUGACACGAAAUGGUUCUAUAAUUUAAGUAGAUUCUUUAGAUAUAUUGUUGAUCGUCGCGUUGCACGUGUCACUGAUUGGUAUAGGCAAAAUACUACCAAUUUCCCACAAGAUAACAGCGAUAUUGUUAACGGAAGGUUUGCAAUGAAGCAUGAAUUAGAUAACCUUGAGCGUUUUUGGACAUUGUGUGGAUUGACAUGCUAUCAAUGUGGCUUAAAAUGUGUUAAAAAUCGUGAACACGAAGAUGAACAUGAUUGUUUAACAGAUCAUAAGUGUCAUUUGUAUUGUCACUUUAGCGACCAACAUAACGUUAAAUUAAUUCCGUCAUGUAAUUACAAAGCUGGACAUGAAGGCAUACACAUUUGUAAUAAAUUAAAAGUUCAUCAAUUAUGUGGUCAAAAAUGUAGUCUUCACAAUAAGCGCAAUUGCCUAAAAGUUUGCGCAAAAAAAAAAGGACAUCAUGAUGAACAUCUAUGUCAAUCGACACGUCAUUUUUGUGAGGAAAGUUGUUCAUUGUCAACAAAAUCUCACAAAGGAGAAGCUUAUAAGUGUCCUAAUAAAUGUGUUAUUCCAUGUGAAGAUCAACACGAAAUACAUCGUUGUGAAGAUGAAACUUGUCCGAUUCAGGAUGAACAUCAAUGUCGUGAGUUAUGCGAAGAAUCUGGUAUAUGUAAGGUAGUAAUUGCCAAGCAAGGAGUUAAUAAAGAAUCAGAAAAAGAAUUGCUUACGAAGUAUGUUCAAUCAAGUGAAAGAUUAAAAUGCAUUAAAAAGAUUCCUCAAAAUGAAUUUAAGCAUCCCGGAAAACAUUCUCAUGAAGAAGAUGGUUUUCAUUUUUGUGACGCAAAGUGUCAAUUCUGCGAAUGUUUUUGCACAUUGCCUUAUGGACACACGCAACUUCAUGAUACAAAACAUGGAAAUAUGAUACAAAUCGACUUCAAUGAAGACGACGAAUAUGCGGGAUACAAAUCAAUUGGUAAUCAGGGAAAUUUUUAUUGUAAAGAUUUAGGAAGACAUCGACAUAUUGAUUAUUGCCAAAACGAAAAGGCUUGUAAAUCCGGAAAAUCUGGACAAGAUAUUCAGCAUAUUACUAACGAUAAACCUAAUCAUGAUAAACCGUUAGACUUCAUUUCUCAUAGAUUAUUCUGGGAACGUACAGGUUUUAAAGAUCCUUAUUCUGUUCAAGAACAACAAGAAUUUGCAAAAUGUGAUCACGAAUGUUCCGAUGAAAAACAUUCUCAAGGAUCUACGAGCACUCCAAUUAAAUCAUUUUGUGAAUUACCACUUUUCCAUGCUCCAUUCGAUCCAAGCUCAAACCCUCCAAAUAACUAUGGACAUAUAUCUUCAGACGGGCAUUAUUAUAAUUGUGAAAAUCCAGAUACACGAGAAGCUGCCGCUUUUCAUAUCGUUUUUGUCUUAGAUCGAUCUGAAUCUAUGAGUUAUAAUGAUAUUAAGCCUUCACAUUGGUCUUCUAUUUUUAAGGAAAUGAAAGCAAAUCAUAAUAAUAGACUCGGUGCAGCUUACAAUGCGGUAUAUCAAUUUAUGGAAACACGUCUUACUUCUACUCAAGAUAAUCAGAAUCAAUCGUCGCCUGUUUUACGUGAUAGUGUUUCAUUAAUUCUGUUCGAUCAUAACGUUAUCGUACCAUUUGAGAAUCGAAACUUGACAGAGUCGGGAGCUUUAUUGACUACAAUGCUUCAAUAUAAAACCGGUGGUGGAAAGAAUUUCGAUCUCGCAAUUAGGAAAGCUGGGGAUUUAAUCUAUUCUUAUUUUGAUCCUACAAAAACAAAUGUCAUAAUUCUCUUAUCUGAUGGCGAAUGUGGUAUUCCAACAAAUCAACUUAAAAUAUCGAUUAAUAACGAUUCACAAAGUCAAUCAUUAGAAGAAAUGGCAAGGAUUGCACAAUCUUAUCAUCCUCCAAAUACCUCAUCCGAUGCUUUACGUUGUCAAUUUGUCCGUACCACUAAUGAACCCAAUUUAGUUAAUCAUUUUACCAGUGUGGCGGAAAGUUUAAAGAAACAUACAUAA